AUGACAUCAGUAACAACUGAAAUACAAAUCUUUGGAACGUUUGUGGCACACCAGCAGUCCAAGAAGCAGCAGCAUCAUCUUGGGACAAAUGAUGGAUUAAUUUUUCAUUUCACUGCUCAUUGCUUUCCUUUCAGCUUCUUGCCUGAUUACAUCAGUGGUGAUUUUGAUUCCAUUCAGCCUGAAGUCAAGGAGUACUACAAGGUCAAGGGAUGUGAGUUAAUUGAGACCAUGGAUCAGGAGCUCACAGAUUUCACCAAGUGCCUUCAGAUACUCCAGAAAAAGAUAGAGAAGAAGGGCCUCCAGAUCGAUGUGAUUGUGACUUUGGGCGGACUUGGAGGACGGUUUGACCAAACCAUGGCAUCAGUGGAAACGCUUUUUCAUGCAACAAAUAUCACUCCUUUCCCAGUGAUAGUUAUCCAGGAGUGCUCGCUGAUCUACCUGCUUCAGCCUGGCAAGCACAAGCUGCAUGUGGACACGGGACUGGAGGGCGCCUGGUGUGGCCUUAUCCCCAUCGGGAACUCCUGCGAGAGCGUGACCACGACGGGCCUCAGGUGGAACCUCACUAACCAGGUGCUGAAGUUUGGAACGCUCGUCAGUACUUCCAAUACCUAUGACGACUCCGGGACUGUGACCAUUGAGACAGACAAGCCUUUGCUGUGGACAAUGGCCAUCAAAAGAUAAGAUGAGCCACAGCUGCCUUUUCUGGUCUGACUCAACUCAAAUUACUGCAAAAUUUCACUGAAUUAAGACAGUAAAGCUGUUCCGAAAGAUAAAAGCAGGCACUGAUUUUAUGUACUGAAUGGAAAACAAGUCUGAAAUAAAAGUCACUUGAGAUCAAAUCAAGAUUAGUAGCAAUAAUUGAGUACUUCAUUCUGGUACCUCACACUACUUAAUCAGAAGACACAUGAGCUGCCACCUAACACAAUCACAAACAGAAGUGAAUGUAAAGGAACUGCUGGUGCUUAUCUGGUUAGUUCAGACUACUCUUACAUAGUAUUUCGGUCCAAUACUGAACUGUUUUUUCCCUCUUUUGCCAAAAGAAAAUACAAUACACAGUUGCACAUAGUGUAUCUGUAUUAAAAGGUGAUAUAGCACUAAGAGUAGUUAAUCUCAUUUUUCUAUCCUGGUUUGUAAGAUACGUAGGUGCUGGUGAAGAUCUCUCAAGAAGAAGAACUUUUCUACUUAAGCAGCAAGUUUGUGUACUGAAGAAGCUUCAGUUUUGCUGUAAUGUCAGUAUCAG